AUGGAUGCACCUUUGGCUCAUCCACACCCGCUCUCGUUUUGCCUCACCUCCGAAGCUGCAACUGGCCUCGGUGCAUUCGAGGGCAUCGAUGAUCCAUUGCAUCUGCUGUCUGAUAUGGACACAUACCUCUGCGAAGCGGGUCGAUCCUCUACGCACCACGCGCUCGCUUCUCCGACCUCCGCCCGUAUCGUCUUUUCAAACGUGUGUCGUGCGGGCUCAGGAAAGCGUUCCCAUUUCGAGAGCACGCUGAUCAGCUGUGCACGCGCACGAGGUAAGGAUGCGGCGGUCGACGAUGCCUUCCGUGCAUCGGCAGUAGCAGAGCGCCACUCCGAGCAUUCGUUCCGCAUAGCACCACCGGUUCCUGGCAACCAAGUGCGCUUCUCCUCCCGCAGCCAGCAACAACCCCUCACUUUGCCCCUGUUGUGCAUUCGACCUUGUCUCUCUUUCUCUCUCGGUCGAGUUUCUACAUCCGCCAAUAAUGCUGCAAUUGACGCAUGA